UUAUGCGUCUUGGUUUGAAACUGAAAAAAGAGUCAAAACCCCCUUAAGAAUAGUAAUAAGAAUAGACAACCUAAGAAUUUAAAUUUGAUUUCAUUUUCUUCAAUUCUAAUUAAUAAUAACAAUUUGACAAUCAAGAUUCAAAAUAAUUUAAGUUAAUUAUCUAAAAAAAGAAUACUAAUGAAUAAAUGAUAAUACAGAAAGACUAUGUUUAUAUUGGAGAGGCACAAAAUAAUAAAAUGCAUGGUAAUGGUAAAAUCUAUAUAAAAUAAUAUGAUGCAUAUUGCAAUAACAAUUACUUUGUAUAUGAAGGUUAAUUUCAAAAUGAUUAAAUUGAUGGAAAAGGUACAGAAUACUAUGGAAAAACAAAUAAUAAAAAAGUAGAUGGAAUAUUCUAAAAGUUGUCCUUAAUUGAAAAAUUCUAAGAAUACAAUUAAGAUGGAAGUAUAUUGAUUAAAUAACAAAAUUUGCAAUAGUCAAUAUUAUAAUAAUCCUUUAUUCAAGAAGACCGAAGUGUCAAUAAAACUUUUCGAAUCAAAUCAGGAGUUAAACAAACACCACCUUAACCCUAAUCAUAAAAAUCAUAAGUUAAAUAAAAUGAUAAAUGGACAAAGUUCGAUGUUGAAUUGAGCAAAGACCAUCUUUCAUCUCUUUUGUCAGAAAAGGCUAUAAAUGAUUCAAUCAUUGAAGCAUAUCUUAAUUACAUAAAUUAUAUAGAUUCCGAAAAGUUUUUUAAUCUAAAGUCAUUGCCUGAAAUAUAAGCAUAUAAAAGAGCUCUCAUUAUUCCUUAUUUCUUAUUCGAAUAACAAAAAUUAGAUGUACUCACUUAUUUUGCUGAAUUUUCUUAUAUUAAAGGAUAAUUUUGGUAAGUUUAUAAAUAAAUAUUUGCUAUUGUUAAUUCUAAUGGUCAUUGGAUUCUUCUAGAAUUAAUUUUUGAAGGUUAAGAUAUAAAAAUGAAAGUUUAUGAUAGUUGUUCUAAAAAAAAAGCAAUAUUUUAUGUUACUAUUUGCAAACAUGUAUGGAAUAUGAUUGAACCAAUCAUCAAAUUACAUAAUUUGACAAUCUCUUGGAAAUCUAAAGAUAUUAUUGUAGCUGAAUGUCCUUAAUUAUCUUAACCAAACGAUUCUGGUAUUUUCAUCUGUGCUUAUUUAAAAUAUUUAAUUUCUAAUAUUAGUUUAGAUUAAAUUACAUAGGAAGUAAUUAAUAAUAUAAGAAAAAUAGAAUUGUUUAAUAUUGUUAAAAAGGAAAAAUGA